CUCAUCAUCAUCAUCAUUAAACCGAUCAGAAUAAUCUUGUGCACUUUUACAAACUAUGAAAAGGUCAAAAGUGUUUUUUAAAACAAUGUUAACAAUCAUUUCAUUGUUUCGACUGUAAAUAUUUGAUCGAACCCAAAAUCCAUGAAAAGAAAAGUUUUCAUUUCACUUUAUUGACCGCUAUCAUUAUUAGUAUCAAAAGACUGUUAUUGAAUCUCUUUUGCUCUUCUUGCCUCACAAAUUGACCAUUUCAGUGUUGCUCUGGUUUUUCAUUAGUAUCAUUAUUGUUUUAAAGUGAACUUUAAAAGAUUAUUAAAGUUAACAAAAAAAAGUAAAGAACCAUUACAAGGGAAAAAAGAGCCGAAAAUGUCUUCACAAAAAGAUGUGCCUCAAUGGACUUCAAUAAGAAUUGAUUUGAUUGUUGUUCUCUUGUUCAUCCUUUUACAAGCCUCACAUGGAGCCACUGGAUCACUGUUUUUAUCUCAUCAACUCAACUCAUCAUUAUCUUCAUCUUCAUUGACAAACUCUUUGCCUUUGGAUCAAAAAGUUGCACCAACUUUACCAAGCAACACUGUUGAUGAGACUGAACUAGCAACCGAGGCAACAACAUCACCAACAUCAACAGAAUCAUCAACAAUAGUAAAAACAAGAACAACUGCAAAAUCAGAAGAUGAUGAUGUUGAGUCGUCUUGGGGUAAAUAUGAUUAUGGACAGUUGGUUCAAGUGCCAUUGAAUCAUUCGACCGGUAAUGGGUCCUUUAGCGAAUUUGAAUGGCGAGUGCCAGAUUUGCUCGACAUGAUUUCAGAAGAAACCAUCUUUGUUCGUUCUCCUCCGUUCCACAUAUCGAAGCCUGGUUAUCGAGUACAAUUUUUGCUCAUAUUGAACAAUACUUAUACCGAUGGCAACUCAUACUUGGGCCUAUUUUUCCGACUCAUGACAAGUGAAUAUGACACUACUCUGGAAUGGCCAUAUCAGCUACGAACCACAUUGACCAUGUUUGAUUUGAAGAAUGUCGAAUCUUCAUUUAAACAUACAAUAACUCCCAAUGUUGACCCUUGCCGUUUGAGGUCAGUCUUUUUGCGUCCAUCUCAACAAGAUGAUUGGACGCCCAUGCCAGAUGGCUGUGGUAACCGUCGAGUAGUACCAUUGCAAAAGCUAUUCACCGAGCCUGACCGCUACAUGAGAAACGGAACUCUAGUUGUUCGAGGUUUAUUCCAAUUGGAUGACAAAGGGUCAACCCACAAGGUUGCCUCUAUUCACAUGAGGUACAACAACUUGGUUACCAAGCACGUCUGGCGUAUAAACAAUUUUACGACGGCUUUUGAAAAGGCCUUUUCUAACGGGUCAGUGAAUGUUCUUCAAUCUGAACCCUUUUACACUCACCAAGGUGGUUAUCUGGUUAAACUUUUCAUGACACUCUUACCAAAGGAUCGGGCAUUUGCCAUUUCAUUGGCACUCAUGCAAGGAGAUUAUGACAGAUAUCUUCAAUGGCCUUUCCCGUAUUCACUGGAAGUCUCGAUUGUUGACCAUUCUCCUGAAUAUUGGCGAAAAGAUUAUACAAUACUGUUGAGUCCAUCAUCAGCUGAUUGUACUUCAUCACCAUUCUUUCAACCCUCAAAUUAUCUAGACUUUUGUUUCACAACAGUUCAAUCAUUUCAUUUACUCAAUUUAACCCAUUAUCGAUUCAUUGAGAAUGGUUCACUUGAUAUUCAACUGACAACCAAAUUUAAUCACUUCUCAGGUCGUAAACAAGCCUCUCUUGGUCUCCAUCAAGGUUCAUUAGUUUCAGAGUUUACUUGGAUGUUACCCAAUAUAAGGUAUAAAUUGGGUCGUUUUGAUUACAUGGGACGAACCCUGAAAACCUUUACAAGUCCCGAGUUUUACACCAAUGGCCAAGGCUACCUAAUGCAAGUCUCUCUUCGGUUAAACUCAACCUCUCCUGGUAAGGGUUACAUAGGCCUUGAACUGGCUUUGAUUGAAGGUGAAUACGAUAGUCUGCUUCAGUGGCCCUUCAAUCAAACCUUUCAGUUGAUGUUGAUUAACCAACAGCACGAGUAUGCCAACAAUGAAGGACUCAUAAACUACAACAGAACCGAGAUAAUCUCUUUUGCUCGUGAAGAUGACAUGAUGGUAACCAUUAAACCAUCAGAACUUAAAUCGCACGAGUGCACUAUUGCAAACUUUGUAAAGCCUCUCGAGAGGAAUCAGCCGUGUGGUAAAAAGCGACUAAUUGACUUCAGUCGAAUCAACCGAUCAGAUGAUCCAAUCAAGUUUGGCAACAUGCUAAUCAAGGCUAGAAUUUUUCUAUAAAAUUUCUGUAAAACCAUUCAAUUUCAAUAACUCAAAAGUGAACAAAAAAUGUUUCCAACUCCUGAAUUUUUUGUACUAUUCAAUUUGUAUCAACAGUUUUGACCUUUUCUUGACCAUUAAUUUAUUAAUAAAAAAAUAUUGACAUUCAUGUUGACAGA